GGCAUCCACGCGCGUCGCUCGUUCCGUAGUUGGUUCGCGGAGGGAUCACUCUACCUCCCGCCCGCCUUGCGCGCACAAUACGAUGCAAUUUCAAUAAACUUUAAACUAUAACGUGAACAUUGAACAUUAUAGUGAUUGACAAAACAAACUUUGAGUGACGUUGAGUGCGGAAAACUUUACAGUGCUACUAUCUAAAGGAUGCUCUUGGUUUUCCUGAAAGUUUCAAAAGAAAACUUCUGAGAGGAGAAAAGGAUUCUUCAGCUGGAUUUCACAGACUUAAAAGUGGUGGCCAACGGAGCUGAUGGGGCAAGCCUCCAUGGGGAUGAGGAGGUGGCUCGGCUGACCCCAGGCCUGCAGAGGAGUUUCGAGAUGAACGAUCUACCGCUCAACACGUACACCGUGGACACGCGUAGAAUGCAACUGUAUUCCCACCCUCACGUUCAUCCGACGGAGCUAUCAAUCCAUGCGAUGUCCACCCACGAGCUGUUGAAGCCAAAGGACGAGCCUUCGUACUCUUUGGCGCCCUCGGGAAACUUGUGCUCUGUGAGCUUGCACCACUCAGGUACACCGCCAUACGACCACCGAAUAUGUUUGCAAGACAACGGUGAAGCAGAUACGCCGAAUUCCCAAGUCAAGAGCGAAGAAGAAUUGUCCCGCGUGUAUCAAACCCUAACUUUACCACCACUCCCUAGGGACGACACCAAUUCCAACAAUAACAGCAAUGAAACUAAAAGCAAAGCUAAACCACCGGCUCCGUCAAGUCCUGGAAACUCUGAAAUGAAACCUCAGUCCACAACACCGACCUCACAGGCUUUGACCAAACCUCCCUAUUCAUACGUUGCCCUAAUCACGAUGGCCAUUCAAAACAGUCAAAGCAAACGAGCCACUCUCAGCGAGAUAUAUGCUUACAUCACGAAGGAAUUCCCUUACUUCGAGAAAAAUAAAAAGGGCUGGCAGAAUUCCAUAAGACACAACUUAAGCUUGAACGAAUGCUUCAUCAAAGUACCGAGAGAAGGCGGCGGGGAGAGGAAGGGAAACUACUGGACCCUUGAUCCCCAAUGCGGCGAUAUGUUCGAGAACGGGAACUUCAGGCGACGGCGACGGAUGAAGCGGCCGUUCCGCGCGACGCCCUAUUCCAAGACGCUGUUCGGGGACGGGUACCACGUGGCCCACGUGGCCCAGCACGUCCCGCCCCACAUGCAGCCGCUCCCGCUGGGGGCCCGCAACUACUUCGGCUCAGGAUCGCCGUAUCCACCGUCUUACCCGAGAUAUGAUACGACUUGGUUGACCCAGUCGCCGUCGGGCCUGGGGUACUCGGGCGCUUGUGGGGGCAUGGGCCGCAGCCCCCCCGGGUGCUCGCCCCACAGCGCUAUGCCCCACCAGUCUUCGCCAGUGUCGGUCAACCCGUUCGCAAGCCAUCAGCUGCAGGGGCAGCUUCAAAACACAUUGCAACCGAUGCAAACAAUCCCAAUGAAUAGUUACAAUCCAAUUGGAGUCACAUCACUAGAGGGUUCUUCAAGUCCAGGGCCUGGCUACGCGCCGUCCUCUGGAGGUUUCUCUCCAACUCGACACCACGACAUCGUCACAUCUUCCGAUGCUGCUGUGUCCAGAUUCCCUUUUUGGCCUGAAGGCGGGUCGCCGAGCCCCAACACAGGCUACGUGCCAGCCAGCAACUUCUCGCCCACGCGGCGCCACGAAGCCGUGACGUCAUCGGAUUCGCCAGGAUCUCGCUACUCGUUUUGGCCAGAUGUUGGAGUAAAAGAAGAGGCUUCGUCUAGUCUUGUGUCGAAUGGCCCACCGUAUUCGAAAUGCUUUAUGUAAAGACCAUGUUUGGAGAACAAGACUAGGCAUCUUCCAUUUCUUGCGUUAAGUUGUAAAAAUCAUGUUUGGAGGGAAACAAGACUAUCUUCCAUUUAGGCAUUUAAAUUAUGUAAACCAAAAAUGGAUUAUAAUGAUAUGAUAUUGAUUUAAUUUUCAGUGUAUAAAUGUGCACUUUUAUUGAUUAAGUUGGUUUAAAGUCACGAUUUUGAAUUGAGCGUUUUGUCAGUGAUUUGUUGAAUGGCGGUAAAUGACGUGCGAUUAAGUUGCCAAAUAAGUGUUAGCUGAUCACAGUAGGCUUGAUGAUAUUGUCCACACCGACAUUAUGUUUCAGACACAUAAUUUUCGAUGAUAAAGAUCUCAUUUAUGGUAGCAUACUGUUAAUAUUAUCUAGUAGAUUGCUUCUAAAUUUCAUCUUGAUGUUUGUACAAGGAUAAGUAGUGUCAUAGUUGUUAGCGAGUUUUCGGUCUAGAAAUACUUACUGCAACAUAACAAGCAGAUGUUAAUUAAAUAUAUUGUAGCCCCUUUUAUUGUGACGUGUAGAUGGAAUCUUAAAUGCGAUCUCUUUUCCAAUAGUCUGUGAUUCGUAAUCCGAUUGAAAGGUCACUCUCUAUGAUUGAAUUAAACGUACAGUUAGUAUUUACGAGUUUAUUUGUAUUUGUGGAUUCCAUUCUUCGAUAGUGUAUGAAUACAUCUUUCACAUACUUUGUACUUUUACCUGAUGUAUACGAGUAUUAGAAUAAUCUGGAUGUUAUAAAUAAUACUGUAUGUAGGCUAUAAAACUGGCACGCAUGGAUGCAUUAAAAUUAUUGGAUGAAUGAGAAAUGACUUGAAUCGUCUAAUAUCUACAUUUUAGAAAUUAUACGAAAUUAUACCAACAGUUUCAAUCGUUACAUGUAAGCUUCUUUAAACAAUGCUUUUAAAGGUGAUUAGGUACCUGCUUUACGUAUAGUUGAUAUGGUACAGGUAAGUUCUGUUAUCGUAACACAGUAAAAAGUAGAGUAGACAUUUUUGAAUUUUCUUCCACAAAUAUUUACAUAGUAACUACACAGUACAUAGUGGCUAUUUCAACAUAAGACUACAUGAUUAGAAAGAUACAUAAAUUAAUAGAGCUUAGAUAUCUCUCGCCCAGUUAAACAGUAGGCGUCUUAAACGCAUUUUACCUACACGUAGUUAUGUAGAAAGUAGAGGUUUUAAAAAUUUUACUAUUACUCUUGUAAAUUAAAAAAGUCAACUUAAAUAAAAUUGAUUGAUUCAAACAAUGUAUUAGGUAAGUUAUUAUUAUUGUACUUUGUUUCCGACAUUGAUGUGUGGUGGUCACAUUUUGAUUGUUUAAUUUUGAAAACCUUGGAAUAUGUGAUGGUGCUGAGGUACCAUAGUUGAAUAUGGUUGAUUUGUUUUGUAUUCUUAAACUAACGAUCACACCGACACGUCAAUUCCGCGCGGAAUACGAUAAAGAUAGGUAACGGGCCCAAGGUUUUAACUAUGGGUACGUCCUUAGGUAAUGAUGGGUACAUCUCUAAUUAACUAUGGGUACAUCCGGAAGUAACUAUGGGUACUCCCCUAACGCGCUUUUUAAAUUCCUUCGAUUCUCGUUCGGAAUCCGCAUCGGUUUGUUUGAAGUUCAAUUGUAUAUAAUUUCAUAUUGUUGUACAGUUACAUUUGCUAUGAGUUUAAUACCAAAAUUCUUGUUUUAUUUAUUUGUUUUGUAUAUAAAUAUCAGCCCUAUACACUGUUUAAAUUACUCGUUGUUAAAUUGAUUAAUGAAACAUUCUAUUAUGUAAGCAAUUAAUAGGUAUAACUUUUAUGUCGUCUAAAUGUAAAUGUUAAACACGUAUGAGUGUUUCAGUCAGGGUACUGUACCUUCUUUUAAAAUAUGUAUGUAGAAGAUUGUAUAAGAAUAAUACAAACAUUAAUAAAUCACUGUGUUAUUCAAAUUGAUGUGAAUAGUAUGGUAAUAAAAAUUAGAAAAUCACAUAUUUUUUUUCUGCUUCACCGCUUUGUCAUUGAUGUGGUCUAAAUUAAUAUUCAUUUCAUUGAGUAUUCGUUUUAAAAAUUCAUUAAAAUCCUUCAACAUCUCCUUCCUAACUAACAAAAAGUAGGUACUAAAAUCGUUUUAUGUCUAGUGUAAUGUUGACUCUACAUUGUACAGUUUGCCUGAAACGAAUGCUGAUCCUAGCAAUGGAACGGCUUGCAAUAUCGCAGUUUGGCUUUAUUUGAUGGUUCUCCAAGAAAACUAGUUCUACUUAAUGAUUUAGUUAGACAGAGCGCUUAUUAUGUAUGUUGCGCGCUUGGUUUUGUAAAAUAGACGCUGACAUGCUCUAGUAAGUUCUAGGUCAGGUCUUCAAUUGUUUUUGGUUGAUUAGCACUCUAUCUCAUCACAAGUAACUAUCGUGAGACUUAGAACAAGGAAAAAUUAAACCUCACAGAUUGAGUAUGGGGAGGCAUUCAUGGGCAACCAUAUUAAAACAACUUUGUGGUUAUUGUCAGUUAGCAAGUAUUCAAAUUCAUGUUGGUUCUUAUUCAUACACAUAGUGCCAAGAGCACUGUUCUAGCUAACACAUCUCACAUUAUGUCAAAUUUUAAGAUGUUUAUCUGUUUGUGAAGGUGUAAAGGACACUUUUAAAACGACCUGUAACAAACGACACUAGCAAAAUAAGAAAAAGGUUGGUCUUCAGCUCAUCCAUCUUACUGCCGACAUUAUGACGUAAAUGCCCGUCAUUUCUACUAAAGAUUUCUUCAAAGACAGAUUGAUGUCUUAUAGUUAAACUUUAUGCACGAUUGAAAUUGAA